AUGAAGCUCUUAUCAACCGCCGCUACCCUGCUCCUCUGCCUUGCUCCUCUAUCCGCCUCAGCACGGUCGAUUUCCUUCUUUGACUCCGCGCAGGCUCCAAUCAAAGCCGAGAGCUUUCCUGUCAAGGGAGAUAACCCGUUAGAAUACUGUUCCGACCCUUCGGGCAAUAUCUUGGAGAUCGAAUCGGUGGACUUGUCUCCUAACCCUCCUCUCCCUGGCCAAACUCUCACUAUCAAUGCCAAGGGCAACCUGAAGGACCGGGUGGAGGAAGGCGCUUAUGUCGCUCUGGAGGUUAAAUACGGUCUCAUCACCCUGAUCAAGCAGACCGCCGAUCUCUGCGAACAGAUCAAGAAUGUCGAUCUCGAGUGUCCCCUGGAGAAAGGCGAUAUGUCGUUGACUAAGCAGGUUGAUCUGCCUUCGCAUAUUCCUCCUGGGAAGUACAACGUCCAUGCCGACGUUUAUACCAAGGAUGGCAAGAAGAUUACCUGCCUGGAUGCGCACAAUAUCGAGUUCAAGAUUCGGCCAUGA